CUGAUGACCCUCUGAAGGGCUCUCUUGUCCGCUGCUGAGCAGCUGACAUACCACGCAGAGAUACAAUAUGCCAGCACACUCUCGAUGGAGCAGUAGUAGGAGGACACCAACAGCUUCUCCUACAGGAGGGGGACUGGGAGGCCGUGCUGGAACUGGUCCAGGGGGAAUUGGGACUGGAACAGGUGGAUAUUGGCCUGGUGGAAUUGGAACCAGCCCAGGUGGUUAUGGACCUGGAGGUGUUGGACCAGGGGGCUUUGUGCCAGGCGGUGCAGGAACUGGGCCAGGGGGCACUGGAGUUGGACCAGGGGGCUUUGUGCCAGGCGGUGCAGGAACUGGGCCAGGGAGCACUGGAGUUGGACCAGGGGGCUUUGCUCCUGGUGGUACUGGUGGAUAUGGACCUGCUGGUCAAGGCUUGGGGGCAAGGAAGCCUCCUAAAUCGGGUUAUGGGUCAACGCUGGGUGGAACUGGCUACGGACCAGGAGGCGGUGUAGGAGGGAUUCCUGGAGCAGGAGCAGCAGGAGGUGUGGGUGGAAGCCAAGGAGGGGUCCCAGGUGGCGGAGUAGGAGGGGCAGGAACAGGCGUGGGGGGAGUAGGAGCUGGACAAGGUGCAUUACCAGGGGGCGCUGGCCUGGGCUAUGGGGGUGGUGGUGUCGCUGGUGGGGGCUAUCCAGGAUAUGCUGGGGCCGGGCAGAAAUCUAAAGCACAGAAGGCAGCCAAGUAUGCAGCCAUGCAGGCCUUACUGGGGACUGGUGGUUACAGAGGCGCUGGAUGCCAGGGUAAAUACUGUGGCAGAAGAAGGAAGUGAGAGUCCAACUGAAAGGAACUGACCUCAUUAAAGACAGUGGUGCUAUUGAGUGAUUCAAGAAUGUACCGUUUUUGGUUUGUUUUGGUUUGCUACCCACCAUAGUGGUAUUGAUGUUUCUUCACAUUUCACGGCGGGGGGGGGGGGGGUCUCUUUCAACUUGAAGAGCAAGAAUUAAGAAAGGAAGAAUGUGGUGGAUACUAAGCUAAAGAGUUUGACUCUACUGUAAUACACCUUUCAUUUUAUCGUUUCACAACAUCAUUUGUGUGUGUGUGUGUGUGUGUGUGUGUGUGUGUUUUUCGUGCAACAAUCAGCCACAACCAUGAAUCGCGCUGGUGAACACUGAUACCCAGGACUCCCACAGGACAGCU